CAGGGAUACUAUGGCUCAACAGGGUUGGGAAUGCUGGCCAGAGCAAGAGUGGGCUUUGCUUGGUGCUUUCUCUGCCUCCCCCGCCUCAUUACUGGGUAGUUACUGCCAGGGCCAGGUUCACAGGGCGGCCAAGUGCAUGCAUAAUUCAUCCUUCCCAGCUUGUGAACACAAGGAUCUUUGCAGAUCUACUUGCAGAUUAAAAACCGGAGCAGUGAGAGAUGGAGGAGCCCAGGGGUCACAGCCGCGUAUGGGUGGCCAAGCCCUCUGCCAAGUACCCGAGCCCCGAAACACAUGCCCAGCCUUGAUGAAUGUGCCUGUUACGCCACCUCUGGCCUCAGCCUCAGGACCCUCUGGUCCUGGCAGAUGGGAUACCCCUUUCCCUGAGGUUUUGGCCAGACCAAGCCUCCAGUGAUAGAUUUUGGGGGCCCCAUCCAAACAGGGUGGAGGGGAACGGCGGGUGGGUCUUGUCUGGGGCUGCUUUGGCCCCUGGCGCAAGCUCAAGAUACAUCCGAGGGAUGCAUCGUGCCAGCACUUACCCUGUUCCAAAGUCCAGCUCCUGAUCUGAAUAUCUUCCCUUCUCCUAACCUCUGCUGCACCCGUACGAGGCAACAGCUUCCCAAACAUCCCCCUAAAAGCCGCUGGUGGGCUCUCCCCAUUCACAGCAGGGAUGUGCACAGGGGUCCCUGACUGCCAAGCUAGCCUGAGUUCACCCCUCUGCUUCCUUCCCAUCCUCUUUAUAUAUAUAGAUAUAUAAAUAUUACACUAUUUAGCAUGUGGUCCUCCACCUAAGGAGCAUCCCUGGCAAGUCUAGUGGCAGAUACACAACCACCCCCAUUGUUCUGGCACCACCACAGUCCCCGUCUGAAGCCAUUCAGGUGAAAUUCAGCAUCUCAGCAGCAGCAGGGGGACAUCUCAGUCCUUGCAGAUGCUGGUGAUGGUGGGGAACGUGCCCCAAGGAGGUUUAGAUGCUCCUCCCCAUCACAAAAGACCAUGCAAUGGCUGAUCAAGGUCAGCUGCUCCAUGGGAGGUGGUUUGGGAGGCUGUGGACACUGGGUAUGACCUCACGAGCACCCACCACCCAUUAAAGACCCAUGGCAAGACCUCCUCCUACCACAGGUACCCAUCACCUGUGCAACUGGGACCCAUCACACCCACACCUCGUACAAGGAGCUGUUUUAGCAUCACCUGGGUUCAUUUCUCUAGCAAAUCCCACCGGAUCGGGACCAAGCCAGCAUGGAGCAAACUCGUGCAUACAAACAGGAGCAACCACCCACCCCCACCCACAUUUUGGCUGUUCCUUUGCUGCCUCGUAGGGCCUCAUUUCUUUAUGCAUCUCUCAGCAUGAGAGAUGUUCCCCUCGGGGAAAAGGAAAUUAAUUUUAUCCCUUUGAAUUCAGCUCGCUUAGUGCUUGUUUCAGGGGGAUGUCAUUCCCCAGGGCCUCUCCUCUCCAUCUCCCCCCCCACCGCGGUCCAGGCGUUGGGACCUGGCUACCUCCAGGGAGACAAUUCCCCUAAAUCUUUGAAAUUCAGAUCAGGACCAGACACAUCGCCAACAUCUUUCCAGAGGGAGAAAAGCAAGCAUGACACCGUCUGACAUCCUCCGUGACUCAGUUUCCCCCAGUGACUCCAGUCCCUGCAGACAUCCCACACACAGCAGCGCAUCACUUUGAAAUGACGACCACACCUCUCCCACCGCUUCCCAUCCCAAAUUUCUUCCUGGUCCCAAUGCUUUUGUUUACUUCUCUUACUUCAUCCCUCUCCCCAUGCACGGGGAUGCAGGUCUCUGAACCGGCUGCACUUUAACUCCUGGUUUUAUUUGCUCUUUGGUGUGGGAUUUUCCCCCAUCGCUCCUUUUCCACUGGCUCUUAAUUCCCCUGCCACUUCCCAGCUGGCCUCAAAAAAGAUCCCAGAAGCUUUCGGGCUAUUUUCCGUCACCCUUUGUUAGCUAGCGUGCCACCAACGAAGGCUACCGAAUUAGUCGCCUGCUUCUGCCGCCGAGCAGCCGCUUGGUGUCAGACCAAAGGUCUGCCGGGCACCGGGCUGCUUCCCCUCCUUCCCUGCACCCGCACCGAGGGCUGGGGGACCUUCCCAAGCCAGAACAGCUUAUUUCUCCCUGCCAUUGCACGAUCCCUUUGAAACAGCAAAAGAAACGAGGAGGCGGCAUGGUGGGGCUGCUGGGAUGAGAUACUUUUCCUCCCUUUGUGUUUCCUUUGGCUUUUCCGGGGAGCCUCUCUGUUUACACGGCUGAUAAAGCCGGCUCCGUGCUGCCAGCUCCGGGCUGCACCUUUCCCCGCUGCCCAGCCCAGCCCCAACAUGCAAAACUUGUCCGGAAACCUCCCGCCAGCUUCGCCCGCUCAAAGUCACCUUGCCCCAAACCUUCAGCUCCACGCUCCCUGCUCGCUCGGCAAUCAUUAAUCGGCUUCUCCGCAUUCCCGGCAUGGAAAAAUGCCCCAGCGGGUAACCCUGCCCUGGCAGUCCGACAUGCAGCUGGCCGGCAAGCUGGUCCUCUCCGCCGCCGCGCUGCUCCUCCUGACCUUGGCGUACAGGUUCUAUAAGUCCCGCUCGCUCGCUGGGGGCACAACCCCGCUGGCCGACGCGGGGGGAGAGCAGAGGGAAAACGCUGCCCAGGAUGGGGGUGAGGCGGCGGGUCUGCGACGGAGGAGGGUGGUUGGGGAGGGGGCGAGGAGGGGCGGUGGGGAUGCACAAGGCAGCGGUCGAGGAAGUGCCACCGGGACACGGCACACGGCUCGCCGGGGAGACCAGGGUCUGCCAAGGGGGGAAGAGGAGGAAGAGGAAGAAGAGGGGAUGGAUGCAGCGCUGGGGCUGACUUGUGGAAGAGCAGGGAUGGGUAGCAGGGGAAGCGAGCUGGGAAAGAGGUCAGGAAGUGAACUGGGAAGUAAGUCGGGAAGCGAGCCAGGAAACGGGCCAGGAAGCAAGUUGGGGAGCAAGCCAGAAAACAAGCUGGGCAGUGAGCUGGGAAGCAAGCCGGGAAGCGAGCCGGGAAGCAAGCCGAGCUCUUAUCAACCUGGGGAUGUGACCAAAACACCAAGCAGCCUCGGGGAGGAGGGCACGCGUGCCCCAAGCACCGGGAUUUCCCCCGGGAUUGCCAGUACCCAGACAGCAGGUGACGAAUGCGCCCAGAGCACCGAGCAGGAUUUGGCCGGUAGAACCAUGAGCCGGGUGGCCGAGGGGAUGGUCCAGACCCUCAGUGUCACCUCAGACCUGGGGCUAACGAUGACGGCGAGCAACGCAGGGUCGGACUCCUCCUAUUCUUUCUCCUCUGUUGCGAAGAUCCAGGUGGAGGAGAACUACAUUGCCAAGCAACGGGCGAAGGACGGGGCCGGGCAGCCGGUCCCCGGGCUCAAAGGCAAAGUCUACCACUACUACGUCCAGUCCGUUUCCCACUCGGUGUCAAAGAAGAGGUCUCUUCCCUACAUCCCUCUGGGAACAUCCCAGCACUGCAGCUCAGAGCAGGUCAACAAAGAGCUGCAGAGCUUUGCAACCCAGGAACCGGACCCGACUUUGACAACGCAGGAGCCCACCACCCCCUCCAUAGUUCCGCCACCUACAGGGAGCUUGGACAUCUCUCCUGAGCCACUGUCUCCUGGCCGCAAGGGCAGCAUCCUCCAGAUUGCUGACAGCCCUCACCUCCAGCUGCCCAUGGAGGGUUUUGGGGUCACAGCCCCAGCUGACACACCAUCUGCAAGCCCCGGGCCAGGGGUGGUGGCCAGUUCUGAUCUCUUCCAAAUGACACCACCCACCCACCUGGACCUGGGGAACUGCUACAAGGUCCUCUGCACAGCCAAGGCACAGAAGCUCGGCCACCUCCAGGAGGCUGCCUACAAGGUGAUGAGUGACAACUACCUGCAGGUGCUGAAGACACCCUCCAUCUAUAGCCACCUCAACGCUGGUGAGCGGGAGCUCAUCCUGCGGCGGAGGAUGAAGGGGAGGAUGUACAUGGCCGUGGCAGACAUCAACGCACAGGAUCCUGGCCUCCACACCAGCCGCCUCUGCUACUACGAUGACAGAGGGGACUGCUGGCGUCACCUCAGCCACGUGCCACCAGAGGUGGUCUCCCGGGGGUGCGCCAUGUGCAGCAUGUUCAACUACCUCUUCGUGGUGGCCGGCUGCGAGGGCAGGGGCCAGACGCAGAGACCCUCCAACCGUGUCUUCUGCUACGACCCCCUGACCAACAUCUGGAGGGAGAUCUGCCCCCUGAACCAAGCACGGCCACACUGCAAGCUCGUGGCUUUGGAUGGCCACCUCUACGCCAUCGGCGGUGAGUGCCUCUACACAGUGGAAUGCUACGACCCCCGGCAGGACCGCUGGACCUUUACCGCACCCCUGCCCCACGACACCUUUGCCGUGGCCCACAUGGCCACGGUGUGUGAUGGGGAGAUCUACGUGACGGGGGGCACCUUGCGCUACAUGCUGCUGUGCUACACCGCCCGCUCGGACAGCUGGAGGGUCAGCCUGGCCGGCAGCAGCAAGGACAGGACAGCCGAGAUGGUGAGCGCCAACGGCUUCAUCUACCGCUUCGACCUCCACCGCAGCACAGGCAUCAGCGUCUACCGCUGCAGCGCCAAGGCCAGGCUAUGGUACAAGUGUGCCACCUAUGCCACGUCCAACCUGUCCGGCUUCCAGUGUGCCGUGGUGGGCAACCUGGUCCACUGCGUUGGCCGGCACUUCCACAUACGCUUCUUGGCUGACCACAUCUCACCACGCUUCGGGACCAAGGACCUGCAGCCCUUCCCAUCACCCCACGGCAGCCUCCUCCCGGCUGUCCUGGUGCUGCCGGAGGGAGGGAUGGCACAAACACAAGUUUGAGGAACCUGUGCUGGGGUCUCACACCACAACGGUGAUGGCUCAAAUGUGACAUGAUGGCGAAAGCUGGUAGAAGAACCCCACAGCCCGCUUUGGACCACGCAGCAUGGGGUCAUCACUACCAGGGCAACAUUACCCACACCUACCAUCAAGCAGCCACCCUCCCAGUCCCUGCAAGUAAGGAAAGAGACAAACUGCCCUCAGAUAAUGCCAGUACACCCAGCCUUGAGUACACAAGGAAAAGCAAAGCAGGAGCUGGGUGGACUCGUUUGCUUAGAGGUACUUAAACGUAGGCGUGCUUGCUCGGAUACAAAUAAGCCACGGCUUGCUGCAGGCUCCCAGCUGGGCACCGCUCCACAUGUAGCUGCUUUACACACCAGGUGUUUAAUAUUGACCUGGACACACGGCACACGGGGGAUUCUAGGGUGGAGGAACACAGCAGGGAGGGCUGAUCCCUGAGGAGGUAUCACCCAGAGGUCAGCUCCAUCGGCAUCAAGCCAACAUUGAGCCCUCAGGCUUGACCGCGCACAUCACCCCAGAGCUGGAGGCUGGGGGCCAGAGAGCUCCCUGCUCUUCCCAGGACCUUGUUAUCUGUUGCCUUCUCCUCAGCACAGAAUUAGAUAUAUAUAUUUAUAUGCACGUGAUAUAAAUAGGCGCUAUAGAUUUAUAGACAGCUGGUCUUAAAUGAAAUUAAAGUGAACAUUUGGUAAAAUUAACCACAGGCUACUGUCGCGCAUCAUUUCAAGCCGUAACCAAGCCUAAUGGGAACAAAGAGGCCAAUGCAUGUUUUACAUGGCUAAUUACUGCACAAGCAUCAUCUCUGAGGAGGCAACCGAAAGUAAACCAGAGCCUUGGAUGUGAGCAGCCGGUCUUUCAUCCCCUUUUCCCCAGGUUUCACCGACCUCACUCCGCUGUCUCCGUGCCCUGCCAAAAGCCUACUUUGGGUAAUUGCAUUUUCUUCCCCUCAAACGACUUGUCAUCCAUCACUUGUCAGCCCCAGACAGACAAAAACAGCUCCCAGACGGACAAAACCCUCCCGUACCUGCCUCCUCGGUGGCAGCAGGUUAUGCGCAUGAAGUCGUGGGUGUGCUUGAAGGGCUGGGAGGAGGAGGAGGAGAUGGAGAUGAUGCUGGCACAGCCCACGGUAUCACCAUUUACACCUUGCUGCUCACAGUGGUUUAGGAGAGCUUAGGUUAAUGUUCUUUUAAAGCGCUCUCAAAAGUAUUUGUUAGUUCUCUCAGUCAUUGCCUGGAGGCCUCACAUUUCUGCCUUCAAGGGCUUCCUGCGAAGGUCAGUAGCAUCCACCCAUGUUAGGAAACCUUGGGAGGCCACGUUAAUUAACUCUGCCUCUGAGGCUUGCUCGUUAGCUGCAGCACAUUGCUUCUACUGACGGAGGGUGGGUGAUGUACACGCUCUCUGCGCUAAAAGCUGACAAAGUUCAGCCUGUUUCACCCACCCUGGAGCCACCUAUUCCUACCCCCAGAGGACCACCCCACCGACCGUGUGCCAGGGCUGCAGCCUCCUGCCUCCCAGCAUCUCCCUAUGCCGAGAUACUCGGGCUGAUAAACCUUAUGAGCCAAAAACCCGCCACAUUAUCAUCAUUAUUAUUUAACUCCUCGUUAUUUAGCUGUCUCCGUAGCCGGUGCUCAGAGCAGCACACUCAACGAGAUGGGCUCACGCACACUGCAACACGUUUCUACUUCUCCCCCAGCAAAACUCGGGUACUGGCUGCUUCACCGCAGCAGCCCAGCUCCUUUGCAACCUGCAAACACUCUUGUCCCCACCAGCAUCCCGGCUUCAUGCCCUUUGGCAUCCCCGCCACGGUGUGCUGGGUGCUGGGGAGCAGAGGACACACUGGCCGGGUGGGAGCUGGGUAGCUGGAGCCCUUCCAGGUAGCAGCUUUGUUUUCAUCCCCAGAAAAGCUUUCCUGGGAUCCUGCCCUUCUCACGGUGCCUCUUUCCUCCCGCUUAAUAUUUCACCUCUGCUUUAACUCCUUGCUGCCGGGCUGCAACCUCAAACCCCAGCAGCUUUGCCUCGUCCUCCAGCAUGACAGUGAGCAACGAAUAACAACGACCAAGGGUGGGCAGCUCUCCCCCCGCUCCUGCACUCUCUAAUAUUAACACAUAUUGCCUGGGGAGGCAUUUUGGAGAUUAAAAGCACUGGGGACAUCCCGUGCUGGAGCACUGCUUGUUCUGCAGGGAAGGACAACCCAGUCUGGAGCAAACAGCACACAGCGAUCCUGCGGUUGGUGACAAAAUGACUUGUGGCUGCGGUUAAGGGAAAGCAAAGGGGAAAGGGCAAAUGCAAACUGAUACUUGGACCUGGAUGAUUUUUAUUUUUUUUUUGUGCUCCCAAAUACUGGUGCAAGGGAGGAGCCUUUAAGGCUGGGAGGUGCAGUGGCAAUGGCAGCGUCCCCAGCCAACUCCUGCCAUCACCACCAGAUGUUGGGCAUUGAUUUACAGCUGUGACGGACACCCACUUCCAUGUUUCUGCUGCUUCAAACCAGGGGCUUGCAGCUCUUGGGAUGACCAUAAGACCAUCAAGCAGUUUUCAGUGCAGCUUGCGACAUCAGAAUAUUAUUUAUUUUAACUGACUGGGUUGGCAAGGCUGCCAUAAUUUAGAGGGGAAAAGGUUGGGAGGCAUACAGUGCAUCCUAAUAAAACUCUACAGCGUGUCCCAUAGAGCUAUAAACCACCCUGAGCAGGUUCAAGUAAUGAUAAAUACUUAGAGGACACAAAAAACCCAGCUGGGCUGGGGGUUUACCCGGGUGCUGCUCUUGGGAGCCUCUUCCCCUGCUGCAAGGCUGGUCGCUGCAAGCCAGGACCCUCCCUGGGGCAGGGACCACCAGGACUGGCUGCUGGAAGAGAAAAGACAACCACUCUCAGGCUGGGAAAACCAACUUCCACCAUCCACCAGCAAUUUUUCCAUCAUCCCUAUAAUUCCUUCAAGGCUGCCUCUCCAGCAGAGAGCUCUUUCAUCAUCAUCACCCUCUGAGCCCCCUCCCCCGCCUGGUUUAUCUCCCAAAAGAAGGGUGCAACCGCUAAACCACACUGCUUUGCAACUAAAUAUAACCUUUGCACUAAAGUCAGUAUUUUCUUCUAAUCAGGAAGACCCAUUAUCUACCCCUGCCAUGUUUAUUUAGGCAAUUACAUAGUUUAGCGUACUUUGAUUCAGAUUCUUAAUUUUUACAUUUUUGAUUAUGAUAAAAAACCAGGGAGUGACGCAUUUCUUAUUUGCUCUGUGCUCUUUUUUUCCUUUGCAAUGUGCCAGACUGCAUGCGAAUGGAAAUUGGAAGUCAAUUAAAGAAGUGCAAAACCAGCAUUUUAAAAUC